UAACACUUCAUUUGAUCGCACUGCAAAAACAAAAUCUGAUCAAGUUUUUCUGGUCUGGUUUCUACGGCAAAUGUUGUAGACAGAAUGACAGAAUAAUUAAGACAGAAUGACCUUAAAGUAACUUUUCAGCAAGAUACAGGAGCUUUUACAAAGUAAGUAAUAAUUGAUAUUGAUGAAAAAGUGGCAGAUAAGUUUACUUAUAACAUGACAGAAAUGUUUUCUUAUAAACGAAUUUAUCUGCCAAAAGAACCGGAACGUUUUCAUCAAUGAUCAAGAAUUAUUGGCUCCAAACGAGUUUCUGUCUUGCUGAUCAGUUCAGUUAUUUUGUCAGAUAUUUGCAGUAGAAACUCAAUCAGAUUUUGUGUUUUUGCGUCAGAAACAUGAAGGAGUUUUUGUGACUGUGGUAAAUGAUGACAUUUUUAAAGUGUCAUUAUUUACCAAAUGACAACAGUUAGUCACACAGUUCUGAUCAUUUUCCUUAAAGUUCAUUUUCUUUGUGAUUAUCUGAUAAUAAUCGGACUUAUCUUUUGCUUCACUUCCAUGUUUUCAUCAGAGACUCAGUCGGUUUGGGAACAUUGAUUUUUUAGCAGCUGUUUGUUGGCGGAUUUUAACUGUAAAUAUUCAGCGUUUAAAUAAGAGCCUGAAGUGAAACUCUGUUGUUCCUCAGAUCCAAACUGCAUCCAGUUCUGCAGCAGCUGGAACAGAUCACGUUUGACGCUUGCGGUCCUUGCAGCUCCACCAUGGCAGUCGGAGCCUCUCUUCGCCUCCUGGCAGCGUUGAUUCUCACCCUCCCAGGUUUCGCUCAGAGCUUCAUGCCGAACUCUUUCUUCUCCUGGACGCUGAGUCAUCGUGACAUCACCCAGUUCGCGAUUCUGAGGAAAACAGCCGAGGUUUGCCGGGACGUUGCUGCUGCAGAGAGCAGAAGCUUCACUUUGGAGGUGACUGAACUGGAAGUGGUCUUCUUCUGCUCAAACAUCCUCAACAUGAUCUGAGUUUCACUUUUGCCCCCAGAUAACCGACACACUGUCGGUUAACAAAGUCCAAACGGCCUGCUCUGUCCCGCUGCCCGGCUUCCCCGUCUCCAGCGAGAUGCUCCAAGCUGCAAUCAACAGCGUUCACGGCAGCAGCGACGCCCUGCGGUCACCAGACCCGGCCUUCCACUUCCACAGCGAGGCCUUCCUCACCGGCAGGGACCUCAUCACUCAAGGAUUGUCGUCUCUAAAAGCUUCUGUGAAGGAGCAAAACUUUCAGGCAGCCAGAAACACUCUUGGAAGAAUCUGUCACACCCUCCAGGACUUUUACAGCCACAGUAACUGGGUGGAGUUGGGAAGAACCGCAGCUUACAGCGCUCUGAUCAGACCAGAUCAGCCUCUGGAGAACCUGGCAGGUAAAACGCUGCAGGGAAUCUAAAGCAACAGACAUGGAAGUUUAACAAAUCUUCAAUUAAAGUAAAGAACAUGAUAAAUAACCAGCUUUCUGAACGCAUCAGGUCCUGAUGUUCCAACCUGUAAGAG